GUUGAUAACAUAGAUAAUGCCGAUUUGCAAAACAGUAGCAUUAAAAUUAAAUCUGAGCCAAUUCUUAUAGAAAUCUCACCCUCGCAUUCUACUAAAAGUUUUGGGAGAAAAAACAACAACAUGACUACAGAAGAGGAAAAACUAUCAGAUUGUCGCAAGAAGCAAAAUAUAGAUCAAAUUAAUGAGAACAAAAUUAAAAUCAAAAUUGAAUCAUAUUCUAUGGAAGUAACUCCAACAGACCAAGUUGUUGCAACAUCUACUAAUUUAAAUAAUAUAGAAAUAGAACCUCAAGAAAACCCACGCAAACGCAACCUCACA